AAAUAAUAAAAAGAGAAGAAAAGAUAAAAAGAAAGAUAAAGAUAGAGAUAGAAAAAAAGAUAAAGAUAGAGAUAGAAAAAAAAAUAAGAAUAAAAUAGAAAAAAGGAUAGAGAUAGAAAUAGAAAAAAGAAAAAAAAAGCAAAAAAAAGAAAUAAAGAAAAAAAGAUAA